AUGAAGGAAGAGGUGAAGGGAAUUCCUGUGAGAGUGGCAUUGCGUUGCCGCCCUCUGGUCCCUAAAGAGAUUGGCGAAGGCUGUCAGAUGUGCCUGUCCUUUGUGCCUGGGAAGCCUCAGGUGGUGAUUGGUACUGAUAAAUCCUUUACCUAUGAUUAUGUGUUUGACCCCUCCACUGAACAGGAGGAGGUCUUCAACACAGCAGUAGCACCUCUCAUUAAAGGUAUAUUUAAGGGUUACAAUGCCACUGUCCUGGCUUAUGGACAGACUGGCUCCGGAAAAACCUACUCUAUGGGAGGUGCAUAUAGUGCAGAUCAAGGCUCUGAACAGACCGUCGGGGUCAUUCCUAGAGUAAUACAACUUCUUUUCAAAGAAAUGGAUGAAGAGAGAGACUCUGAGUUUACACUGAGCGUGUCUUACUUGGAGAUUUACAACGAAGAAAUUUUGGACCUUCUAUGCUCACCUUGCGAGAAAGCUUCUCAAAUACAUAUUCGGGAGGAUCCCAAGGCGGGAAUAAAGAUUGUGGGACUCACCGAGAGGACGGUUUCAGAUGCCUCUGACAUGGUUUCCUGUUUGGAGCAGGGAAACAACUCUAGGACUGUAGCUGCCACAGCUAUGAAUUCACAGUCUUCCCGCUCCCAUGCUAUCUUCACAAUUUCCGUAAGGCAAAGGAAGAAAACGGACACGAACAGCAGCUUUCACUCGAAGCUGUGUCUGGUAGAUCUCGCUGGAUCAGAAAGACAGAAGAAAACCAAGGCGGAAGGUGACCGCCUGAAAGAGGGCAUUCAUAUUAACCAAGGACUCCUGUGCCUGGGAAAUGUAAUCAGUGCUCUUGGGGAUGGCAAAAAGGGUGGGUUUGUGCCCUACAGAGAUUCCAGGUUAACUCGCCUGCUUCAAGAUUCUCUGGGAGGCAACAGCCACACUCUUAUGAUUGCCUGUGUGAGUCCUGCUGAUUCCAGUCUAGAGGAAACAUUAAACACCUUACGCUAUGCCGACAGAGCCAGAAAAAUCAAGAAUAAACCUGUAGUUAAUACUGAUCCCCAGACAGCUGAACUUAAUCACCUGAAGCGUCAGGUUAAACAGCUGCAGGUCUUGUUGCUACAGACUCGCGGAGGAAGCCUGCCCGGAUCUAUAAAUCUGGAACCAUCUGAGACUCUCCGAUCUCUGAUGGAGAAGAAUCAGUCUCUGGUUGAAGAGAAUGAAAAAUUAAGCCAUGCUCUGAGUGAGGCAGCUGGUCAGACAGCCCAGAUGUUGGAAAGGAUCCUUACAACAGAACAAGCAAAUGAAAAAAUUAACACCAAGCUACAAGAGCUCAGGCAUCACGCAGCCUGCAAACUGGAUCUUCAAAAGCUUAUGGAGACUUUGGAAGACCAGGAACUAAUAGAAAAUGUAGAGACAAUUCAUAGUCUGCAACAAGUGAUCAUUCAUCUAUCAGAUGAAACUGUUGCUUUCCUGGCUGCAGCCACUGAAUCGGCAAUGGAACUAGAUGCUCAAGUGGUCGACCGUCCAGAGACUAGUAGGUCUUGUGAUUCUUUCACCACCCAGUAUGCUCUGCGUCAAGCUCAGAUGGCUAAGGAACUCACUGAGUUGAAUAAAGCCCUUACACUGAAAGAGGCCCUAGCUAGGAAGAUAACUUUCAGUGGCCAACUACAGCCCAUUCAGGGACAGUAUGAGGCUAACAUCAAAAGUCUAGAGUCAGAAGUCAGCAUUCUGCAGAAGGAAAAGGAACAAUUACUUCUGGAACUUCAGACGGCCAAGAAGGAUGUCAACCAAACCAAGUUGAGUGAGCACCGUCGCAGAUGUCUACAAGACCUGGAGGCUCAAAUAGCUGGUUUGAAGAAGAAGCUAAACGAACAGUCCAAGCUUCUGAAACUGAAGGAGUCCACAGAGAAUACUGUCUCCAAACUGACUCUGGAGAUACAGAUGAUGAAAACCCAGCGAGUACAGUUAAUGCGUCAGAUGAAGGAAGAUGCUGAGAAGUCUAGACAGUGGAAGCAACAAAAGAACAAAGAAGUAAUCCAGUUAAAAGAACAAGACCGCAAGAGGCGAUACGAGCUGCUUAAGCUUGAAAGAGACUUCCAGAAACAGUCCAAUGUGCUCAGGCGCAAAACUGAAGAGGCAGCAGCUGCCAACAAGCGGCUCAAGGAUGCCCUCCAAAAGCAACAAGAAGCCACAGACAAACGGAAAGAAACUCAGAGCCGGGGAAUAGAAAGCACAGAAGCACGAGUGAAGAACUGGCUUAGAAAUGAAAUUGAAGUUAGGAUCAGUACCGAGGAAGUCAAACUACAUCUGAAUGACCUUCUGGAAGAGCGAAAGAUCCUGGCCAUGAAUGUGGCUCAACUGAGAGAAAAUAAGGAACCUGGCGAGAACCCACCCCCUAAACUCCAGAGGAGUGCAUCCAAUAGUGAUGAAGUAUGUGGUCAUGUGUCAGAGCUAGAGAAUUCUAUUACAAAGCAGAUAAGAAGCCUAGAGUCUGAAAUGGAACUCAGGAGUGCUCAGAUUGCAGACCUACAGCAAAAGCUCCUGGAUGCAGAAAGUGAAGACAGGUCAAAACGACACUGGGAGAAUAUCACUACAAUUCUGGAAGCCAAAUGUGCCCUAAAAUAUUUGGUUGGAGAGCUGGUCUCCUCUAAACUAUGUGUCAGUGAGCUUGAAAGCAACCUGAAACAGACCCAGGCCAGCUGUUCUAAAAUGCAGAUGAUGCUGUUUGAGGAGCAGAGUCAUCUUGUUGUGGUAGAGACAGAGUUGAAAGCUGAGUUGCUUAAGGUGGAGCAAAAGCACCAAGAGACGGUGCUGGCCCUUCUCAGUCAGCUGCAGCAAAGGCCAACAGCAGAGAAGCCGCCAGAGGUGUGGGUGAGUGGGAAGGAACAGCAGCUGCUGGACACAUUGCAGUGUCAGGACGAACAGGUUAGGAAAAUGCAAGAAUUGUGUGAGCAAAACCAGCAGCUUCUCCAAGAGAAUGAAAUCAUCACACAGAAACUGACCCUCCUUCAAGGGGCCAAAGGCCAGAAACUUCAUCUCGGCAAGGAUGGCCUUCAAUCUCCAGAUUCUUCCUUUGAUUACAUCCCAACUCUGCCCAAACCAUCCCGUGUUAGAGACAAGUUCCUGGAACAGAGCAUGGACACUGAGAAUUCUGCAAAUGAGUCUGAAGAUGGUGAUGCAGAUGAUGAGGAGUGGAAACCAAGGAAACUGGCUAAAGUGCCCAGGAAGACCAUGCAAGGGUGCUCCUGCAGGGGAUGGUGUAAGAACAGACACUGUGGGUGCAGGAAACAAGGGGUGGACGACACUGUGACCUGUGGCUGUGACCCCACUAAGUGCCGGAACCUCCAGAAAGAACAAGAUAGCUUGGGUACUAUUGAGUGGAACCAGGAUUCUGAAGGCUCCUUCAAACUGGAGGAUCCUACAGAGGUGACCCCAGGACUGAGCUUCUUCAACCCUGUCUGUGCCACUCCCAAUGCCAAGACCCUAAAAGAGACAUGUGAUAUGGAUCAGGUUCUGUUAAGGAAGACUGCUCUUGCAGUUUCUUUAGACCCCCCAGACAUAAAAUACAGAGCAACAGAAUCCCAGGAAAAUAAGGCCACAAGAAAGAAGAAGAAACGAGCUCUGACCAACAACAGCAGCUUCUUUUCUGGCUGCUCUCCUACCACAGAAGAGAACCCCUGA